AGAUGAAACCUGUAUGAUCUCUCAGUAUCAGACACUGUAUACUCCUCGAGGUGGCGCUCUUUCAGUGUGUUUAAUGUCAGUCAGUGCUGAUGGUGGGAGGGGUGCUCACUAAAGCUGCUCAUUACUAAAAAAGAGGAAGUAACUGAAGCAGACAGAUGUAGAGACGGAGAGAUUCACAAUAAAGAAGACUGAACUCAACUCACAAUGAAGAUCCUUCUCAUCUUCUUCCCUUUCUACCUGAUCUCAGGUGCAGAGAAACACAUUGACGUCACUGGAUAUUCUGGAAGAAAUCUUCUUGUUAGGUCAUGGAAGAAGUGGCGUAAAGAUGGUGAUGCUAAAAACAUGCAAAAGCUGCAGAAUACAACAAUAAUAACUAAAAUGAAACAUGAUCAGUGGAUUAAUGAAGGAAAAUUCACUUUAUUUCACAAUGAUUAUGGAGACCUCAUAAUCUACAUUAGAGAUUUGAUCACACAAGAUGCUGGAAGUUACCGGAUGGAGGUUGAAGGUGGAAGGUCCAUCGAUAUGACUUUAACUGUGAAAGAAGAUUCAUGUUGUGAAGUGUCAAAGAGAGUGAUGAUGAAUAUGGGAGAAAAUGCAUCCUUCAGCUGUGAAUAUUCACACAACAUUACUAAAGAAGACAAGAUGUUAUUCAAAGAAGGAAAAGACUCCAUUGAGAAGAUUAACAGCACAGAAAAAUUCAGUAUUUCUGAUGAGAAACAGAACAAUAUCUUCAGUGUGAGAAUUUCUGCUGUGACACCAGAUGAUGGAGGAGUUUAUUUAUGUGGAGUUUCAGUCAGCAGACAAUUGUACAGUAACACCAUUAUUAAUACUGUUCAUCUACAUAUUAUACGUAAGUGGAACAAACUCUCGGUUUCUAAACAUUUUUGGCAGAAUUGCUCAAAUGUAAUAUUUGUGAUUGACAGAUAAAGUGGGCGUGUCUAGAUUGAGCAGCUACUCAGGAGGUCGUAUGAUGAUCAAGUGUGAACAUCCUCAAUACAAAACCAAGCCAAAAUACAUCUGUAAAGAACCAGAUGGAUGUUCAGAGAGGAAGAAUCCAGGAGUUCAGGAUAAAUGGAUGGAGAAUGGAGAUGUUUCUCUAUAUGACGACACCAGAGCAGGAGUCUUGAUCGUGUUUUUUAGAGAUCUGAAAGCUGCAGAUGCAGGAACAUACAGGUGUGGAGUGAAUGUGUCGCACUAUACGGAGAGCUUCACUGAACUUCAGCUGAACGUCACAGAUGGUACACAAAAUAUUUUAUCUUGCAUGUAUGAAGCAUCUGAUCUGAUUUUAUUAUUAUUAUUUAUUAUUGUUUUAUUUUAUAGAUGC